AUGUCCCGGGCCCAUACAGAGGGCCACCCUGGACGUAUUGCGCAAAUAGACAGGGUCGUCCUGGACAUCCUGGCCCAUAGUCAGGGCUGUCCUGGACUUCCUGGACCCAUAAAGAGUGGCGUCCUGGACAACCACCGAUGCUGGGAACUGCUAUGUCCCCAUGACUAUAAAGCUCUUCAUGAAUCGACUCAGACAUCUGCAACCAGCUGUAUAAAGGAUAAAAGCCUGAUGGAGUCAAGGCUACAACAAUAUAGGAGCACAGGAAACAUUUCGCAGUGUUAUGAGUUUCAUCCUAACUCGUGUCAGAAGAUUGUUUAUCCUCUGGCUGUGAAAGUUGUGAUAUAUUUUGUCAUUGGAGCUGUUAUUAUUCUUACAAUAUUUGGAAGCCUUCUGGUCGUUACUGCCAUCAUUCAUUUCAAGCAGCUCCACACACCAACUAACUAUCUCACUCUCUCUCUGGCUGUAACUGACAUGCUUGUAGGAGGACUUGUGAUGCCUCCCAGUAUGAUACGCUUUGUAGAGACCUGCUGGUACUUUGGAACAUUAUUCUGGCGAUAUUAUGCAGUAUGUCAUCCCCUGCUGUACCACAGUAAAAUGACUCCUCUUACUUCUUUGUUCAUGAUUGCUCUUUGUUGGAGCUAUUCUUCUGCUCUGGGAGUUUUAGUCAUGGUGCUAAACACUUUGGGCAUUGAACACUACAGUGAUGUUAAAUGUGAGGGUGAAUGUUCAGCCCUUCUGGGGCCAAUUACUUCAUUGAUAGUUGCCUUCUUCUCUUGCUAUAUCCCUUCUAUUGUAAUGGUGAGCAUAUAUUUCAAAAUAUAUCUUGUUGCACACAGACAACUACGUUCUGUACGAAAUAGUCUCUCUCAGCGAAAGACAUCCAGAGGGCAGCCCACUAUUAGUAAGGCAGAAAGAAAAGCCACUAAAACACUUGCUGUUGUUAUGGGAGUGUAUUUAUCAUUUUGGACACCAUUUUUUAUCUACAGUGUAAUGGUGACAUAUUUUGGUUAUGUUGGUCCACAACAACUGUAUGAAGUGUUUGCUUGGAUUGCUUAUUCAAAUUCAGCAUGUAAUCCUAUUUUGUAUGCUUUCUUCUACAGUUGGUUUAGAAAGGCUCUCAAAGUUAUUUUAUCAGGAAAAAUAUUUGAGAAAAAUUCAACUAGAUUAAAUCUGUGUUCAUAG